GGUAUCUUGGAAUGCGCGCGGUCAUUCAAAAAGGCGACAAAACAAACGCUCAUUCAGCUGUCGAUAAAUGUUUUGAGCGAUCAGAUCAGCCGAAAGUUAAUCUUUUCUCGUAUCUAGCCACUAUGACUACAUUUAUAUCAUAAAUCUGGUAUGUUGCUGUAAAUUUUAACAGCUUGAAAUAUGGCAGAACACGAAAAUACUACCACAGGUAGAGACCCAGCUCAACGUCAAAGACGACGCAAGAAACGAAUGUCAAGGGAAUUUUCAGAGGACCACACAAAUGAGAGCGUGGAGUCUCCAAGUGCCGUACCAGAAAGAAUUCCUUUGCAAGAGAUUGUAGAUGGAGAAAAAGUCAGCGUUCCUCGUAGUGCAUCUAAUAACUCAGGUGAUCAGGAAGGCAUUCAACAAUCUUCUGUUGACAGGAGAAACCGCUCGAGAAGAACAAGAAGGAGAUCAAGACUCGAAAAUGGUGAAUAAGUAUACAACUAAGGUUCCGAUUUUUAGUAUUUUUCAGCAACAAAAAUUGUGCAGGAAAGAGUAGAUAUUUGACGACUAGGAACAUCUCCGGUUGCCUGACCUUGCAGGGGGGAGUGGGACUUUGCAUUUUUAUUCCGAUCCCCCCCCCUCCCUACUAAGAAUGAGUAUCCUCGGCAGACAAGUAGUAGGAAUCCGUUUUCAAAGGAACCAACAAAAAAUGAAGGGGUAGGAAAGGUAUUUUUCAAAGGGUUCUGACAAAAAGUGAGGUGGUAGGAAUCUGCUCAUCCACCAGGGGGGUUCCGAAAAAAAUGGAAGUGUUAAAACAGACUUAUAUGUCUCAGUGUUCAUGUACAUGUACAUGUGGGAAGGUAGCUAGUUGCAAGUGGGACUCUCAGGUUGUUUACCAUUUUAAAACGUGUCUGAAAAAUCCAGCUGAAAAGUAAAAGGAACAUGACUUUUCAGGUCAGUCUUGCAGAGAAUAUCCAGGGGCAACAGAAUUUCUGAAAAGGUAGUCCUGUUUUUCUGGACAGAACGUUCCAAAAGAAAUUUGUGUUCCAUUUCUUGAAAGCCAUCUUUGAUACCAGUUUCAGGCUUUCACAGCCAUUUUUCACUUUGAUCUUUUAUCAAAUUCUCUCGACUAAGGCCCGGUUCAGACGCCGCUCCACUCAUGUGCCCAACAUAACUGAUGAAUUAAGUAGGGCAAAAGAGCGGCGUCUGAAUCAAUUUGGUACGGCAGUUUUAGUUUGGUCUUCAAAGAAAAGUUCGAUGUCUGAGAACUUCUGUCAGUCUGGAGGCUCGAUUUGUGAAUCAGAUGUCGGGCCAGUGUCGCUCCAAAGUGGAACUUAUUCAAUUAGGUUCGGCACAUGAAAAGUACGGCGUCUGAACCAGGCCUAAUUCUUCAAAGAAAUGUAUGGAGAUCAGUCUGGAGAAAUUGUGGGUGGAUAUCGGAAGAAGGGUAACUUUAAGGCCCAUUUAGAUGGUAUGAUUUUUCAUGAUCCAUCAUGAAGUCGUAACGCAUGCUAGUCGGGCACCAUAGUUGUAAGCCAAAAUCGUACUAUCUAAAUUGGCUUUUAGGGAUAAGGUUACAAUGUCAAGAACUCACAAAUAAGAAAGAUGCCUAUGUUACCUUUUGUAGGAGAUGCAUUGUAUGAUGAAAUGGAAUCAAGCACUCUUGACAUGCCUGACAAGAAAAAAUAUAAGCGUCCUCCCUCUGGGGUGCGACAGACCAGGAGGUCAGCUAGUGCUGAAAUGAUUGACAGAGAUGAGGAUGAAGGAAUGGCAGACAAUGAAAACAUGAGUCCAGCAAGGAGAAGACCAAGAAGAAAAAGGAAUCAAGGUUAGUACUAACAAUCUGUUUUUAUCAUAAUAUUUACAGUAGCUUCUACUGUUUGCAGAGGUGGGUAAGAUGUUAUCAGUUUUUCUUCGAGGACUCAAGUUUUUUUUAUUCAUUUGACAAGGAAGUCAUCAACUCUAGAUCCGACUCCUCAUUAAAAAAAAAUAUUAGUGAUUAAAUUAAUAAAUAAAUAUGGAAACUGAUCUUAAAUCCUCCUUUAACUUCACACCAUCUUUUGCUUCACUUGAUGAAAACAGCUAUAGUCGGUUGUUCAUGGAGGCCUAACCUCUCGUAAGCUCCUAUAGUUUCUGUUAGGUCUCCUCACCAAUUAUCCAUUAUUAUGUGGCAAAUAAAAUAAUAUAAUUAUUAAUUUAAAAAAAAUAAAUAGUAUUAUUGCCAAGACUUAAGACAGAGUUGACCAAACCCAGUUAGCUGCUAUCUUAAGUCAGCUGUAAACAGAGUAUAUGAGUUGCCAUGGUAACUAACCUUGGACAAUGCUCCAAGCUGUAAUAAAUUUUGUUGCCAUGGCAUGUAGAGAAAAAUUGUGAGACAGAAAUUGCAGUGAAAGAGUCUCCAGUUUAUUGACCUGUGUUCAACAAUCAUGUAACAAGCCAUGUGUUGUGUUUAUUAGUUGUGUUUAUGGUCUUUCUAAAGCUAAAGUGAGAUAAAACAUUUGGAUAGAAUAUUAUAUAUGCUCCAUUUUUUAUAUAUAUAUACGGUAAAUCCUCUAUUAAUCCCCCCAGGGGGAUUAUUUAUUUCAAACACAUUUGGGGGGUGGCUUAAUAGAGAUGGGGGCCUUAUUUUUCCAUUUUAACUUAGCACUGUAGACGAUGGUAUCAGUUCUCCAUUAAAAAAAAAAAACUAGAAUGCCACAUGGAAAAGCUGAUGUGGCUGAGGAAGAAAAACAAACCUGUACUUCCAGCUGGGGAAUAAACCAUCCUGGAUCAAUCCACACAAAGUUUUACAGUCGUAAUAAUAUUGAUCACUACAGUCCGGGGGGGGGGCUACUUCUCAUACAUUCUCUUAAAUGAAGUCCAAACGAUGUUCUCACAACUUGCAAAGCAAUCAGCAAGGGUCUUGCCAGCGGAUUUGUGUACUGAUCAUGCGCAUUACGUCAAAAACCAUAGAUCAACAGUCUUGAGAAAAAACAAAAACAUGGCAGCCGAAGGUGGGACUGUUUCUCAUUAUUAUAAUUAUUUUGGUAAUUUGCAAAUUUAUUUAUUUUAUGUCGCUUUUCAGACAUAGUGUGUGGUUUUCUUUUUCUGUUAAACAAUUUCCCUUUGCAGAGUUUGGAAUAUGCAACAUAUAGCUAGCUCCGUAUAUCUGCUAAGAAAAGGCCGCCGAAGAGUUGAGCUAUCGAGCAGUGUUUUGCUGCAAACCUUAGGAAAGUUAGAGUCGCUUUAAGGUACAGAGCUUUCAGUAGUAGUUGUGAUUUGUUUUAGGAUCGUUUUGAAUUUUAACUUUGGAUUCAAGGUGUUGACUGAUCGAAAUAAAUGAAGUGAAAUGUUAUGAAGUGUUAAUUUUUAUUCAGUUAUGAUAUGUAGAGCAGUAAGCUCAUAUUUAUAAAGCUCUCUUGAAUAUACUUGCUUCCGAUAAAUUUGACACUUGCUCCAGUAAUUUUUAUCAGCAUCAUGUUAUCCUUGCUCGGCAAAAAACGAUGUAACCUAUAAAUAAAUCCAUCGAGCGCGUUGUUGUUGGUUAAGAUCUAGCACGGUUGCGUUUUAGUUUCCCCCGCAUUUCAGUACCGAAAGACAAAUACGAUAUGCAAGAAAAACAAAGACGCAUGAUAUGAUUUUUUUCAAUUUUUUAUGCAUUUCUGAUUUCCUCUGUCGGUCCGCUUUAAUUCUUGCUUCUAAAAUAUUUACUGUGGGAAAAAUACUGUAAUUAUCCGCUGACCACCACGCUGGGUGACCGCUUUGCAAGUUGUGAGAACAUCAUUUCUUGGUCCCAGACCUCGUCUCUUCCCCCCCCCUGCUACAGUCUAUCAUUUAUUAGUGAAGAAUAAUAAAGGGAGGGGAGGGGGGCUUAUUAACUUUGUUCCCCUGAAAAGGGAGGGCUUAUUAGAGAGGGGGCGCUUAAUAGAGGAUUUACAAAAAUUCUUCCCUUUUACCCUGAUUGUCUGGGUUCAAAGGAUGGGUGGUCAUAGACAUGUCCCUGUCUGGGUGGUAUGGAUAUAAUAUCACAACACAAUGCCGGUCAUGACAAUUUUCUUAUGAUGUUUGUUUACGAAGCAUGAAACUUUAUAGGCCAAGUCUUUCUAUCGUAAUGAAAAAGAGAUCUGAUAGGCCAUAAGUAAGUGACAUGAGAGUCCCUAUGGGUGGUUUUUACUGAUUUUACCCCUUACGUUUUGAAAGUUUUAUUGAGUAUUUUAUUUUAAUAAUUUAUAUUUUUAAGGUUCUAGAGAUGUUAUCAAUGGCGAGGAGUAUAGUCCUGAGUAUGAAGGAUAUGAUGGCCCUAGAGAUCCAAAUAAAUUGAGAUCCAAAAAGCAUAAAACAAAGAAAAGGUAUUUAUAAAAUGUAUUUUGCUGCAACCAACAGCAAAAAUGAGGUAGCACUAUGAACUUUCUUUUUACAUACAGUGAUAGAUGAUAACUUUUUGGUGAACGUAUUCAAUAAUAGUAAGAUGUACAGAAUCUUAUUAAACAGUUUGAUUGUCUCAUUCAUUACAUUUUAAGUUUAAGGCUGUUUUACCGACUGUUCAUCCUUCAGAUGACAAAAGCUACAUGUAAAAUUUAAACUGUUGUUACUAUUCUAUGCUACCCACAUCAUUGUAUUCUUUCAGUGUAACUAAAAUGUGUAGCAUACAUUGUAUUAUGAUAAAGAAAUGAAAUUUGUUGUAUGCAAGAGUAUGAUUCAAAGAAGUAAGAUACUGGUACAUGUAAUUACUUUGGUCGAUAACAAGAGAGUUUUUUUCAUUUCCCUCAGUAGACAGCACAACGGAACAUCUGCUGAAGAGGACAACUACAAUGCUGACGUUGAUGGAGAAGGUGAUUCUAGGAAAGAUAACAUAACAUAUACAGCUGAUGCUCUCAAAAGUGACCAAAAUCAAUUUUCUCCUAAAAAUAGCAAUAGAUAAUCAAGAGAAAGGUUAUGAGAAGGGAAAAUACUUUGAUCUUUUGUCAAAGUUUCUCAACUAAAAUUUUCUGUAAUGAAAUGUAUGGAGAUUAGUCUGGAGAAUAAUAUUGGUAUGUGGAUCUUGGGGCUUAAAGGGUGAAACAAACUUUUUCUUCUUUUCUGCUUAAAAUGAGGGUGUCUGCUCGAAGUAGUUUUGACUGUACCUGUAGGGGUGGUACUCAAUGUUUUAUAUGGGGAGGUGCCGCCCUGUGGUCCAACCCCUAAUCCCCAUUUAUACAGGGUUUGAGCGAGGAUUUGAUCACUGGGAGACAAUUUGUCCCCUUGGCUAAAAUUUUGGGGGACAUUUUCAUUUUUAGGGGGACAGAAAUUUGUACACCCUUCUGCUGAUGCAAAGGGGUUUGUCUCCUUAGCAGGUCUUCUGAUAGGUCUCAGAAGAAAAAGUCAAAUUUCGCGGGAUUUUUAGGGACAAAUUCACGGAAAAAUCGGCCGAUUUCGCGGGAGUUUCGGGGCAAACUUCACCAAAAAGCAAUCGGUAAAAAACGCCCGAUUUUGUGGUUAUUUUCAAGGCAAAUUUUGCUAGAAAUCGAUCGGUUUUGCGCUGAUCAGUCCAGCCUUUUUAACGUUUUUCUAAAAGAGGUCAUCAUUUGCUCUUUCAACAACAAUACGCUCCAGAAAUGAACCAAUGGCAAAGCCUUUAACAUCAUGGCUAGUGCCCAGUUUUUCGCAACAUAAUCUGUUUGCACGUUUCGGUGACGAAGUUCCAAGGUAAAUUUGCAAGUUUACGGCAAGUAAAUAGCCCCUAUAGCUGAAAUAAGUUUCAAAUAUGUUGUACAGACAUGUAUUUGAUAAGAUUUCUACCGAAUUUCCCGGUAUUUUUCGUGUUUUUGUGAAUUUCGCGGCUCCGCGACCGCGCGAAGAAUCAGAAGCCCUGUCUUAGAUUUCCGACAAAAAUAGCGGUAGAGCGUGACUGAAACGUAACUUUGGAAUGAACUUUAAAGGUGCGAUAAAAUAUACUUUCCACAAUCUGUUCCAGCUUGCAAUUUCUGUACUGAAAUAAAUCUCUUCGUGUGUGCUUCCUUUCGAGUUUUUUCCCUAAAUUUUGACGGGGACAAAUUGUCCCCUUGGCCAUUUUUUAAAGGGACAAUUCCAAUUGCAGUGCAGGAUUGGCGCAAUAGCGCGGCCUGGCUCAAACCCUGUUUAUAUACCAUUUUUUGACAGGAAAGGUACCCCUUUCAUACACUUUCCAUUGGUAAAUGGUACCCCUUUCACAUACCUAGUUUAGAACUUUGCAUCCCUUUCAACUGCUGUAAAUGCACUCAUUGUACAAUCUUCUCAGCUAUAAAAUGCAUCUGUUAGCCCUUUUGAGCCUUUUUACCGACAAAACUGAUAGAUUUCCCUACCCUUUCAUAUACUUUAACAAGUGAAAUCCCAAUCCUUCCAUAUGCCUGAAGCCUGAAAAAGGUAUACCCUAGGACCCUUUGGGCGGAGCUUUCCCAUAAAGGCCAUUAAAGGGAGUACUCCCCAUUAUUGUAUUUUUUCCUUUUAUGGCACUGAUUCUGUGUUUUUUUAGCUUCAACAGCUGAUUACUACAGAGUUGAUAAGGAAGACAUAGUAAUUGGUGACACACAAGAGACUGCUCCACCUCCUGCUCUACCUCCUGUCGCACAGACUUUGCCCAGUCAGCCAUUAGAUGUGCUUUUUAUUGAAAGAAGAGGUGGGCUGACUUCAGUUUUAUCCAACAUUCCUCUGCUCUUUAACAGAGAAAGAGAAAAAAUUUAUUUUCCCUCUUGCCCUUCAGACAAGCACUAUAUUAUAAUACAAUGUAAGUGCUGUAACCUUUUUCAAGCAUUCAGCAGGUUAGUACCUAGAAAAAAAUUACUGUGUUUGUGGCCUCUAAAGCUGUAGUGGUUGCAGGUAAAAUCCAUUUUGUCCUCUAUGAAUGAAAAUAUUACUAGGGUUGGGAAAUUCUAAAUCACACUAUCUGAAGGUUGAAUUACAGGUUUAUCCAGAGUAGGGAUUUUAAUGGUGCUUGAUUUCUUUUGGUAAAAUGAGUUUGAGAUGGCAUAAAUCUACAGUUCUUUGUAAAGGAUUUGUGUGCAUACCGGUUUGUCAGUGUCAAUUGUUGAUCAUUUUCUUUGCAUCCAGAUGGACAUGGCUUCACACGGGAAAGGAAAACAAGGAUGUUGCAGUUGGAAGAAGAGAAGAAAGAACCACAGUCUGCUCCAAUAAACAGACAGAUGACAACUGCAGAGUUUGCUGUGGUAUGGUUAUUCUACAAUCAGAAUAUAACGCAUGCUUUAAAUCCAGAUACAUUGACCAUAUACAGUGUACAUUCUUUACUCCUGAAAGUGGCCAAGGGUCUGGGGAUCAAUUUGACAAAACUUUUACAAGUGUAAUGUACAAGUGUAGCUAUUGCUUUCAAACUCUAAAACAAUGGCUACACUUGUAAAAGUUUUAUUUAAUUGACCCCAGAAUAUGCCAUAUUUGCUAUGGAAAUAUGUGCUAUGUAUAGCCCAUUCUACAGUUACAGGUGGAAACAAGGCUGAAGUUGACCUUGUUUUGAUACAAACCUGCCUCCUUUGUUAUGUAAAUCAUGUUGUUCUUAUGGUAACUAGUAUUUUUAAAGCAUAAUUUCCAUAAGAAAAGGAAGGAGGUUUGUAUCAAAACAAGGUCAACCUCCAGGGGCGGAUCCAGGAUUUUUUUGUAGGAGGGGUGCACUCGUCUCUUGCUGUACUUCAACACCAAUAAACCACAUAGUUUUUUUUUUUGGCAGAAUACCCGUUGUAUUAGAAAACCGCAGGUCAUCUCGGGAGGGGGGGGGUGUGCACCCCCUACACCCUCCCCCUAGAUCCGCCCCUGACCUCAGCCUCACGUUCAGUCAAAGGCUAGCAUACUAAGCCCUCAACUGUAAAAUGGCCUGUAUUCCCAGAGAAAAGAAAGCCAAUGACUACAGUCACUUAUAUUUUGAAUGUAAUACUUUUCAUUUCUCAUUAGUCUGUCCACCGAGCAUUCAGAUCUUUUUCCCUCUUCUGCCAUGGACUUCUUGCAGGUAAGGUCCCAUUUAUUAAAUGUAACAUUUUUAUACUUCUUUUACACCAGUGCAUAAACACAUGAAAAUGUUGGUGGUCUACGCGUGCCUGAAAGUAAUCUUCAACAAUAGUAGUUUGCACGAUCUAUCAGCAACAAAAUUGUUGAGACACUGUGACCAAAGAUGUUAUUUUUUUGGCGAAAAAACAAUCUGCCAUCUCCCCCCCCCCCCCCCACCCCUACUACCGCCACCACCUUUUCAUUCAACGUUGCGUUUAUUGUUAUUUCCUACAAGCUGUUUGAACAGAACAACAUUGGGGAGCUUAAGCAACAACCACGGCGGCGGCUACAAAAACGUCACUUAAAAAGAGAAUUCGUGCUGCCUCAAAUUUUAUCGUGCUUGUUCCAUCUCGUUUAAUGUUGGCAAAUUUUUUUGGAGUUGAAUUCUAAAGGACUCUAUCUAAGUUCAGGAAAAGAAAAAGAAAGUUGUUGUCUUGUGUUCCCGUCCUGGACAAAAUGUAACUGUUAAGCACUUCAACGUCGUAGACGUGCAAGGAAGGCUACGAAAUGUUCAAAAAAGCGUGAUGCACGUGCAAAGUUGUGUUUUUGCCAAUCUAAACCUACUGCUUUUUUGCCGUUCUCGUUGACCGCACCGGCAACAAAACCACACACUUCCUGGUGAAGAGGAAGUUUUAUCUUCCCUUUUCGAAAUCAAAACAUAAGAAAUGUCCUUGGGCAAAAGUGUCUCAACAAACAAUGUUGCUGAUUGAAGACUUGGACCGUAACAAGAUGUAUUUCACAGUGCUGCACUUGCAUGGUGGGACACACAAAUAAAUUUUAAAUCUUCCUUUUGUUCUAUUUGUCAGGACUUGCACUUUGUCAGGUUAUUUUUGUGUACUCGCUGAGUAACAAUGGAACAGCGAAUGGAAACUUCUUAGAAAACUAUUACAAGCUGGCACAACCUCUUCAGUCCCUUUACUAUAUGCUCUUUGCCAUCUGCACAGUCUCUGUUUUUGACAGGUUUGUGUUUCAUUUCUCUUACGGAAGAUUGCAUUUAAGAUAUUUCAAGUAAUGCCUAGGCUAAAUAAACGUCGAACUUUUCAUAAGAUGAACCAAACGCUAAGUCCUAAGCCAAACGUCGAAAUUUUCAUGAGACGAACUAAACUUAUUGAGUUAACUUCAUGAAAAGUUCGACGUCUGGCUCAGUUAAGUUCGUCUGAAUGAGUUUGGAUUGUCCAACACGUUCUAUUCGUCUGCUCCAGAUGGAUAGAACGUCUGAAGAUCGUCUCCGGGACAAACGUCGAUCUUCACAUGCAAAGAACUAAACUACUAAUUAAACAUGUGUAUGAUAAUGUAUACUUAGCCUCGUUCGGGAGAAAAUUUCUGACUGAUCUUAUUGAGUUGAUUGGUUCGACGUGUCAUAGCUGUCGCAUUUGCCUGCUGGAAUUUUUUUAUCGUUUUUAAACGUAAAAAAAUAAAAAAUUGCAGUUUUGGUGUUCUCGUUGCUGUCACGGUCGUAGAAAUUUUGCUACCAUGGUAACGUGACGACACACUUUUCCUCUCUAUUUAGGCUACGUUCAAACGGCAUUGGACGAAUUUUUGAGUGGAACCGAUCAAAUACAGUUGAACCUCUACUAACGGCCACCUCGCCACAAAGGCCACUUUUUUUAAGUUGUUCCAGUUACUUAUCGGCAAUUUUUAACGUAACUGAUCAACCUUACUGAGAUUAGCCUGCGAAAACAUCCGUUUCUCCUCGUUCUUCGUAGCCUCCCACUCAGGCGUUUUUAGGGGAGCUCGUUUUUCAUCCCUCCCCACAGGGGAGGGAUGAAAAACGAGCUCCCCUAAAAACGCCUGCGUGGGAGGCUACGUUCUUCGCCGCUGAGGACGUUUCGCGAGAAGGAACGUCUGCCACUCAGCGACAGAAAUUCCAUACUGAUGAUGUAAAAUCUGUCCGGAAUUCGGUCAGAAGCGCUGAUUGGUCAACGGAGUAGUUACAUUGUUUUGGCUAUUGUUUACGAAUGACGGACAAAAGGCCACAAAGGUCAAAUGAAAACGCCAAGAAUCUCUAGCAAAACAGUCAAUAUUUGUGGAAUAUACUCUUCUCUAGAAGAAGCGUUUGAGUUUUGCUGGAGCUCGUUGGCAUAUGAACACAACACUUAACCAAAAUCGACCAGCAGAUGCGUAAAAUUGGACAAAUUUGUAUUUGGAACCCCAUGACUACCGGAUUUAUCAUGUAAACAUUGAUUUGCGUCAUCAGUAUGGAAUUUCUGUCGCUGAGUCGCAGACGUUCCUCCGCGCGAAACGUCCCCAGCGGCGAAGAGCGAGGAGAAACGGAUGUUUUCGCAGGCUAAUCUUAGAUGUGUAGGCGAAACAACUAAGAUCGUGUAAGCGAAUCGACCUCAGUGUAGGCAAAACGACCAACAUUCACUUUGUCAAACCCUCCUGAAGUUUAAUUCCUCGGAACCAUAUUCAAGUUCAGAAAGAGAAAGAAAAUUUCGCCUUCGCUUGUUUCCCUCCUCCAUAAAACGUGAAAUUAGACAAUUUCACGUCGUAGGCGUGCAUAAACAGCAAAGCAAUGUACAAAAAAGUGUGAUGCAUGUACGAAAUUGUUGGUUUUCGUAGUAAACCUAUUGUUUUUGUUUUGCGUUUUCGUUGCCGUCGCUCCGUCAGAUCUUAAAGCCCCUAUUAUUGUAAAUCAGUAAUAGUAAUGUUAUUUCUGAGAAAUUAAAACAAACUCCAAAACAGACAAGAGCACAGGCCUCCCACCCUGCACUUAGAACUUAGAACCAAUGUAUAUCUUUGUUUAUUAAAGAUAUGACAUGGCGAAUCCACGGUCUGGAUUUUUUCAAGGCUUACUUACAAGACCUUCCAGGAUACUCUCAAUAAGUGGUAAGAAAAAAAAACAAUCAAAACUUAACAACUCUCUACUUGAAAUUUCCCACUGCAACAGAACUUUCUAUUUUAUUUAGUAACUUAAGUUAAAAUGUGAUUUCAAAUAACCAUACCUGUCAACACUGAUGUCAAUACCACUCUGUUUUCUUUAUUUACAGCGUAUCUCUUUGCUCUUGUGUUCUCUAUAAGUGUAGCAAAUAUUGAUGACAGAAUUAGUCUUUACAAAGAACAUGGACACCUUUGGUAGGUGGCUGAGCGGUUAAUGUGGUGUUAUAGAGACUAUUGUUCUUGGGCCAUCGUAGUUUGAUAAAAAAUUAAACACAAACAGCGGUAAUAAACAUUGUGAGCUUGCUAUCGCUCGGUCAAUACAUCAAGGUCUCGGCCUGACCGAACGGACGAGGUUCCCAUUUAAUGACCGAACAGACGAUACAUUUUUUUUUAAAUGAUUAAGAGAAUUUGAUAAUAUCAUCUGAAAUUUUAUUAUUUUUUAUCUUAUUGUUUGAGUGGAUUUGAUCUUGGUCACUGCUUAAUAAGUAGAAUAUUUGAAACAUUUUUUCCGUUUGAGUGGCCAUAGAAAACCUUUAAUUUUAACAUUCCGUAUUUGAAGGAAUGACACCGAGACAUCCUCACUGCUGGACACGUGGAGGAUCAUCAAUCUAAUGCGCGUGUUAGGAGCGGUAUUGGGCUGGAUUCUCGUGGCUCUACAACCCACAAAAGACUACACUGCAAGUAAGUACAGUGUUGCUGACUUUGAAUGAAUUGACCGCCGCCCAGUUAGCUCAGUUGGAUAAGCGCCGGUCUGCCGAGCGGGGGAUCGCUGGUUCAAACCCCGGCGGGACCAACAUUUAGAGUCUUUAAAUAACUGACAAAAAAGUGCUUCAUUUGUAAAGAUACUGCAAACGGUUAGACUUUCUAGUCAUCUUGGAUAAGGACGAUAAACCGUAGGUCCCGUCUCACAACCCUUACACAUAAAUUCUGUAGGACGUUAAAGAGCCCACACACUGGUCAUAAAGAGCACACCCGCCCUCUCCGGGAGAGUAGAGAACGUAGUUCCUGAUGUGGUGCUCUUUAGGAGGUUAAGCAACAACGAUCGCGGCGUCAACAAGAACGGCAAAAAAGCAAUAGGUUGAUAUUGCCAAAACAACAACUUUACACGUGCAUCACGUUUUGUCGAGGACGGGAACACAAUUUUCUUUUUCUUUUCCUGAACUUUGAUACAGUCCUUUAGAACUCAACUCCAAAAAGAUUUGUCAACAUUUGACGACAUUUGAAGAGAUGAAAUAAGCGCUAUAAAGUUUGAAGCGGUGCGAAUUCACUUUUUCAGUGACGUUUUCGUAGCCGUCGCCGUCGUUGUUCCUUAAUAGGGACUUUAAGAUCCAACGACGCGGACGACAACGAGAACGUCCAAAAAACAAUUGGUUUAUUUAGCAAAACAACAACUUCGCACAUCACACUUUUUGUUUACGACGUGAAAAUGCGUCAUUUCGCGUUUUAUGGAGGACGUAAACAAGCAACGACGAAAUUUUUUUCUCUUUCUGAAAUAUUGUCCCUUUUCAACUUCAGGAGGUUCGCCGCAAAGUUUAUUUAGCAUCGACGACGGCAACGGCAGCGAAAACGUCAGUUUUAAAAUGAAUUCCCGUCUUUUCAAUCUUUGUCGCGUUUAUUCCAAUUUGCUGAAAAUGGUAAGUGUAGGCGAAUUUCCCUGGAGUUGAUUUCUUGAGGAGCGCACUCAAGUUUAGAGAGAGAAAAAGAGAUUCGUCGUCGCUUGUUUACGUCCUCCAUAAAACUUGCAAUUAGGCGUUUUCACGUCGUAGUCGUGCAAGGACUGUAAAGAAAUGUACAAAAAAGCGUGGUGCGCGUGCAAAGUUGUUGUUUUGCGUAAUAAACCCAUUGCUUUUUUGACGUCCUCGUUGCCGUUGCCGUCGCCGUUCCUAAAGCUCCCUAAUGUCAAGGAACUGUUACGGGCUCGCAGUAAUUGGUGCGACGCACUGUGGCAACGACUCUACCAAAAUAUGCUGAGGGGAAAGAAAUGCAGACCACACCAAAUAAAUCGCCGAAAAUCUCAACAGGUUUAAUAUCCACAAUCCUGUCCACGAGUACAAGUAAGAAAUAGUAGAAAGCCGAACAGGAGCAAGGUCAAAAAUGCUUCAGAUACGUCUUUUUUGCUAACCACGAGGUCUGCAAAAAAUACUAAAACGAGGCCACAACAAAUUACUUAUAAAGCAGUCACGAAUGUUCUCAGCAAUGCAGUGAAUGUUCUCAACAAUGCAAACCUAAGUACAAUACAGUCUUUGCUGGUGAAAUGACAUCCAGCUGAGUUUAGGUCCUCGCUAGGAAUUUGAAUUAUCCGUGAACGUGCCAACCCUGUGACAUUUGGCGGCCUGUGGUAUAUUGAAGCCUAUCCUUUGACUUUUUUCUUGCCUUGUUUUCAACAGAAAACUUGUACGAAGGAGAAUUGUUGCCGGGUGAACAGAGAGCGAGCCCAAAGCGACCUCCCACCAGCGAACCCCAGCCAGUGGUGUGA